AUGUGUCCACCCACAUCAAAGUCAAAGGUAGCUGAGGUUGAAUGCCAGUUGGCAAUAGGUUCUGUUGAACAUAUUGUUGCUUGUGCCACUGUUAUGGAGUGCGAGGAUCCUUCCAAACUCGUUCAUGGCACUCCACUAGGGGAUGGCAAUGUGCGCGUUUCUAUCUAUGCCGCGCUUGAGGAGAAAACAAAAGUGUCAUUUCUUGUGAAAGAUGAAAUUGAAACAGUGAAGCAGGCUAUGGGGAGUUGGGUAGCAUGGCCUAAACACCUAGUCAUAAAAUCACAUCUCAAGAAACCUCCCAAGGAUAGUGCUGAAAAGAAGAAGAAAAGGAAAGAGAUAGGGGAAGAGGACUCAGAGAUUGAAUUUGGCUUGGCUAAAUUGGCACCAUCAUUACCAACUUCAUUGAAGAUGUUAUGUUUGUGGGGUGAAGAUGCAUUCAAAGAUGGGCAUACAAUCAGCUUCUACAUGGAGCCUGAAGUGUUUGGAUUUUCUCGCAAGACUUAUAUAUUGGGAAAAGAUGUUCGGCGACUGGCAAGCAUGAGGGAAUUAACUGGAACUUGCAUUGUAGUGUACCAGAGGUACCUCUAUGAUCAGUUGAAGGCUUAUAAAAUGCUUGACAUGGUUGCAUUUGUUGACCCUUCACUUGUUGGUGCUGUGGGGUGUGGGAAUGGAACUGUCAGGGCCCAACACAUCAAAGAUAGGCUUGCAACUGCUAAACCAGGACAAAUGUUCAUGUUGCCAUUUAACUCGGGGUAA